GACGUGGGUACCGGUUGAUUGCUCUUUCUAUAUAUAUCUCAGGAAGCCCCAAGAGAUCUUCUUUCAGACUGGCAGAAUAGAAAAGGUUGAUUGAUGGGUCUUAGGUGGCAAAAUAUAUAGAUAAAUAUAAGAAGGUCGGUUCCGGAUCUGGUGGGUUGGAUGAAAUCAUGAUCGCCCUUCUUUUAAUCAAUAAAUAGAGAAAGAUAAGGCUUUGGCCCAAUUAUUUGACACAGGAUAAAGGAAGGAAACUCAUUGCCAUUGGUGAUGAGAUCUUUCUUCUUCAAGUUUCAGAUCCAGAGCGUAGCCACUGCAUUUGGGCUGAUUCUGCUGCACCAAACCCACCCUUCUCAAUCUCUUCUCCCUCACCUUUCCUUCAAGCACACUACUUUCGGGGUUUGUACUGCCGUUCGCAACAUGUCAGAAUCUGCAGUGAAGCCUCCAACAACUUUCCGUCACAAAAUUUCAAGAGACCCGAAUUCUCCUUUCCCAGCAGAAGCCGGGAGAUACCAUCUGUAUCUAUCGUAUGCUUGUCCCUGGGCAUCCAGGUGCCUUACACUGCUGAAGCUCAAAGGACUUGAGAAAGCCAUCAGUUUCACAGCUGUGAAACCCAAAUGGGGAAAAAUAAAAGAACCCGAUGAAGUCAUGGGCUGGGUAUUUCCUACCUCAGAAACAGAGGAACCGGGAGCUCAGCCCGACCCUUUGAAUGGAGCAAAAAGUAUAAGAGAAAUAUAUGAGCUCGCCGUUCCAAACUAUUCUGGAAGAAAUUCUGUUCCUGUUCUCUGGGAUAAGAAGCUCAAAACAGUUGUGAAUAAUGAGAGUGGAGACAUAAUCCGCAUGUUUAAUUCUGAAUUCAACGACAUAGCAGAGAAUCCAGAGUUGGACCUCUAUCCUCCUCACUUGCGCGCUCAGAUUGAUGAGAUUAGUGAUUGGAUGUUUGAUACAAUAAAUAGGGGUGUUUAUAAAAGUGGUUUUGCCACAGAGCAAGGGCCUCACGAAGAGGCUGUGAAGGCUUUGUUUGAGGCUUUGGACAAAUGUGAAGAGAUACUAAGCAAACAGCGAUACUUAGUUGGGAACACUUUUACUGAAGCAGAUGUCCGGUUGUUUGUCACCCUUAUCAGAUUCGACGAGGUUUACGCGUUUCACUUCAAGUGCAACAAGAAACUGAUUCGCGAGUACCCAAACCUGUUCAAUUACACUAAAGACAUCUACCAAAUUCCCGGCAUCAGUAGCGCAGUCAACAUGCAGCAUAUCAAGCGGCAUUACUAUGGAAGCCACCCCAACGUCAACCCCCUUGGGAUCAUUCCUAUUGGCCCCAACAUCGACUACUCUGCUCCUCAUGACAGGGACAGGUUUUCCAACUAGAACCAUGCUUUCUUCUGCAGGUUCCGAAAUAAUGUUGCUUCUUGUCUGGAUUGCGUGUCCUAUGUCUCGGUAUGGCUAACCGAGCAAGUUGCGGCGUAAUGAUGUUUGUUGUUUUGGCCUUUUGUUUGGUUAUCUCAAAGAGGCCUUAGAAGGUCUCCCUUUUGAUGUGUGACUUGGCCAUAAUAAGGAGGCUUUCUGGCAUCUGUAGGAUGUCACUGUGGAUAACCAUGCAUGCAGUUUGCUGCUGCUGAGAGCUUUUAUGUAUUGAGUUUACCACAAUAAUCACGCGAGUCUUGUAUUUUAUUUGGCUUUCA